AUGGCCGACUCUUCUGCCCCCGCGCCUGGCGCAAUCCCCGGCGAGUCUCCUGCUCAGACCAAAGCUAGACUGAGAAGGGAGCGUCUUGCAGCAAAGAGCGGUGCCUCUCGCCUGCAGCAGAUCACGGCGCUACAAGGUGGACCGCCCAAAGAUAUCAGCGAACUCGAGAAAGAUAUACCAGUCCAACCCGCGACUACCCCGUCCCAAUUCACUCCUUCUGUGUCUGGAACGGCGACGCCAGACCCGGAUGUAGUAGACAUUUCCAUUUCACAGCAUCACUACGCGCCGGCAUCUCAAACCCGUCUUCCGUCGCCUUUUGCUUUCGAUGGUAAUCAAUCUGGCCCAUUCGGUCCUGGCCAAGCCUCGGACCCGUCGCAGGACCCCAUGAUGGCCAUGCUCCAGCAAAUGAUGGGCGCGGGAGCGGGCGGUAUGCCUGGUAUGCCCGGUAUGCCUGGCGCUCCAGGUCAGGCAGGCGCACCACCUGGUAUGCCACCAGGUCUUGCCAGCAUGUUCUCUGCCAUGCAGGGCGGUGGUCCGGCUGAACCCACACCAGACCAAUCUUCGGCUUGGGUCUGGCGUUUGGUGCACUCUAUCUUGUCGCUCUCCCUUGCGUCCUACAUCGUUCUGAAAACUCACUUCACCGGAUCCAAGUUAUCACGCGAUAACAUGCCGAAUGAUGAUUGGGCCACCCAAUCUACCCCUACGGACAACUUUGCGCACUUCUUCUAUAUCUUCGCUACCUUCCAGGUGGUCCUACAGUCGACACGCUAUUUCAUUGAAAAGGGUCAAUUACAGGGCAGCGGAAUCCUCAGCACCAUUGCCGGCAUAUUGCCCCAGCCAUAUUCGGGCUACGUGAGAACCGUAGGCAGGUACAGCGUCAUCUACAGCACGGUUGUGAGCGAUGCCAUGGUGGUAGUAUUUGUCCUAGGCGCCGCGAGUUGGUGGCGAGGCGCUGCGGUCGCAUGA